GGCGCUUUGCUUAUCCAGAAUAAACUGAAACCAAUUGAAAGGAAGGUGAUCCACACACACCGUCGAGGUGGAACUGUGUGAGAAUGCGAAGCAUGACGACUCUCUGUUCAUCAGAGAGCGUGUUGAUGAUGAGGAGGAUGGCGUCCUUUUCGACUCAAUCAACUUCUGCUAAACCUUUGGAAUUCUUUCGCUGUUUUCUCGAUUCUAAUGUUUCGUCUCUUCACACUUCUCAACUUCGCCUUUUCUCCUCCAGGCAACAUUGCAUCAAACUACAUGACAGGCGAUUGAGGCAAUGUCAGCACUCAAGAUCCCAUAUGAAUGUACUUCAUUCUGAUGGUGAAGAUGCAACAAAACUAACCCACAAUGUAGAGGAUUGGGAAUGCAGUACUUCAAACAAAUCAUAUUCAAGAUAUAAGUUAACACCAAAAACAUCACUUCCUUUCAAGGAUUUAUCUUUUGAUAAUAAUACAUCAUGGAACAGCUGCCUAAAGUUCAUGCUGUUUUUCGGGAUUUCAACUCUUCAAGAUUCUCAAAACGCAUUUGCUGUUGGUUCAGAUGUUGCUAAUCUAAUGCAGUCUAACUCUUUUUUUGGAGACCUCAGUGAUUUAAGCACAGGUUUUGCUUCAGCAUUCUUGCUGAUAUUUUUCUCUGAGUUGGGGGACAAAACCUUCUUCAUUGCUGCACUUUUAGCAGCUCGGAACUCUGCUGCAGUUGUCUUCUUGGGGACAUUUGAUGAAAUCCUUCCCUUCAGAUUCGGUGACAUGGACCUUCCUCUUGAUGAUAUUGCUGCAGCAUUGCUUCUGGUUUAUUUUGGUGUUUCAACGUUGCUUGAUGCUUCUUCUGGUGAUGGGCUUAAAGCUGAAGAAGAACAGAAGGAGGCUGAGAUAGCUGUAUCUGAAGUUUUGGGAAAUGGUGCUGGGAUUCUGGCUGCAGCUAGCACAAUCAUUAGCACUUUUAUUUUAGUGUUUGUAGCUGAAUGGGGUGAUAAAUCAUUCUUCUCUACAAUUGCUCUUGCUGCUGCCUCCUCACCUCUUGGAGUCAUUGGUGGGGCCCUAGCUGGUCAUGGACUCGCAACUUUGCUGGCUGUUCUUGGAGGGUCAUUACUGGGAAGUUUCUUAUCUGAAAAGGUGAUUGCAUACGUUGGAGGUGUUCUUUUCCUUGUGUUUGCAGCAGUGACAGUGGUUGAAAUUCAGAUUUUUGGGGAUUUAGAUUCUACUCUAUUUUUUGGGUAG